CGCCAAUAAUACUGAGCCUGGUGAAGCAAAUUGAAACGUCAAUUGUGUUUAUCUGCAUCUGGUGAGAGAGAUUCUAACACAAAAUUUACUCAGUUGUAUUCAGCAGUGUAACAGAGAUGCUCUUGUGGAGUUUCCUCUUGGGGUUUUCAAUAGCCCUCUUGGCAGGGCAGGUGUCUGGGUGUAGAAAGGUGCCGCCAUUUGAGAACUACAGUCGUCGUACACGAGGGGACAAUGGAUAUAAGCUGAUCAUUGGCGGAGAGCCGAAUGGAUAUGAGCCAGGGAAAAUUUACAAUCUCUUCCUGCUUGGGUCACGAACACACAGACGCCUCCAACAAUUCACACACUUUAUGCUGAGUGUUCAGGCAUCCUCGACACCACAUCUCAAUACUGCCCUCUUUUCAAUGGCCAGUCCUAAGAGGGUGGGUCGCUUCCAGCUCUUUGGAGAUCAUCUCACACGUUUCAACGAUAAAUGCGUUAAUACCGUGUCAGAGACAGAUGAUCUCCCCAAAACCGAGAUCCAAGUCAUGUGGGUGGCACCUGCAGCUGGAUCGGGAUGUGUAGCACUUUCAGCGAUGGUCUAUGAAAGUCUAGAUGCAUGGUUUUCCGAUGAUGGAGGCCUCACAAAGAUUAUCUGCGAGGGAAAACCCACAAGGCACUCCAUCGCAGAAGAAUGUUGUGCUUGUGAUGAUGCUAAAUACAAUUUUAUCUUCCAAGGUAUUUGGUCAAAUGAAACCCACCCCAAAGAUUAUCCUUUUGCCGUAUGGCUCACACAUUUCUCAGAUGUGAUUGGAGCCACGCAUGAGACAAAUUUUUCUUUUUGGGGCGAAAAUCAUAUUGCAACAGAUGGAUUUAAGAAUCUUGCAGAAUGGGGUUCAGUGAGAUCCUUAGAAACUGAACUUCGUUCCAAAGGAUCUAAACUGAGGAGCCUGAUAAAAGCUGCAGGAUUGUGGUAUCCAAGUGUAAACACUAACACCACAUCCCACUUUCGUGUUGACCGGAAGCAUCCUAAGAUGUCCCUUGUGUCGAUGUUUGGACCAUCUCCUGAUUGGGUAGUGGGCGUUAAUGGGUUGAAUUUGUGCAAAGAAGAUUGUUCUUGGAUGGAAUCUUUAGAUAUUGAUCUCUACCCAUGGGAUGCAGGCACUGAUAAUGGAAUUAGCUACAUGUCUCCAAAUUCAGAGACCCAACCUAGAGAGAGAAUGUAUAAAAUUACAACGAUGUACCCAGAAGAUCCUAGAGCACCAUUUUACAAUCCCACAUCAAACACAAUGGUCCCAUUGGCGAAGCUUUUCAUUCGCAAAGAGAGAAAUAUUGCACGGGGAUGCGAUGAUGACUUUAUUCAGGCUCAAUUAGAUGUUUCAGAAAAUACUGAGGAAUCAUCCAGGCCAGAAUGUGAGACGACUGACUUCUCUGAGUGGACUCCUUGCUCUGUGUCAUGUGGAAAAGGCAUUCGGAUGAGAAAUCGGCAAUACAGAAAUCAAGAAAAAGCAACAAUGUUAAAAUGCAAUCGUCAACUAGUGUCAAAGGAAAUGUGUGUAGCUGAUAUUUCUGAAUGCGAAGGCGGACAGGGUGACGACGAAGAAGAUGAAAAUCUAGCUGCUGCUGCUCCUUCUGUUGAUGAUGCUGGAGAAGGUAUUGGAGUUUGUCGCACUACACCAUGGUCUUCCUGGUCAGAGUGUUCAGCUUCAUGUGGCGUUGGCAUAUCUAUGAGGACGCGUACUUUUAUUGAUCAUAAAGGUAGAAAAAAAUGUCCCCACAUCACAAUUGUGGAGAAACAGAAGUGCAUGAUGCCUGAAUGCUCUUUGGCUGACAUUGAAAUUCCUGACCCGAUGUGUCCUGUGACACAAUGGAGUGAUUGGAGUCCCUGUAGUGCUACAUGUGGCAAUGGCGUAAAAGUUAAAACUCGAAUAUACAUUGGAGAUCCUUCAUUGAAGCAAAAAUGUGAAUCCAGGCUAGAGCUAUCACAAAGCAGGAAUUGCACUGAUCGCCCAGAUUGUGUUUUAGAUCCUCAAAUUGCCAGAGAGAUUUGUCUUCAACCACUUGAUGUCGGACCUUGUCGUGGGAAUUUCGUUCGAUAUGGAUAUGUCCAAGAAAAUGGACGGUGUUCUUCAUUUACAUAUGGUGGCUGUAGAGGAAAUCAAAAUAAUUUUGCUCUUCUUGAGGAUUGUCAGAGAUCAUGUGAGGCUCUAAGACUAUCAAAUGUAGCACAAGAGAUCAGUACACCUUCGAGGAUUGUUGAAAACCCCACAACACCUGAUACAGAUGAUCUUCCUGUGGACUGUGUUUUAUCUGACUGGAGCCCCUGGUCGCCAUGCAGUGUAUCUUGCGGAUUGGGGCACAGUGAGAAGCGCCGGUAUGUUAUGCAAGAGGGACGUAAUGGAGGUGCUGAAUGCCCUAAACGAGUGGUUAAGAGAAAGCGAUGCACUCGUCCAGAAUGCUAAAUAUAAAGAACGAAAAAAAUGAGCCUUGUAAAUCAAUAGAAGUUUUCAAUAUACAGUAAUUGGAUUGGCAAUAAUAUUUUUUAUUCUUUUUAUCCUGAAGGUAUGCAUUAAUCAAUUAAAAGUAAUUGAAGCACAUGAACUACAAAAUUAAACGGGAAAUUAGAUUUUUUUUCACCAAAAUGAUUUUUUUAUAACAUACAUAUUCUAUACUCUUAUUUACAUAUAGCUUACAAAAACAUAUAAUUACAUAUUUGUAUUCCUGUAAGGCAAAAAAACUGAUAAAUGUUUAAAACAAGAAAAUUUGUAUAACCAUAGUAGAAAUAACUAAAAAAAUGGGGGGAAAACUCUCACAUAUGAUCCACACCGAAAUUUGGUACUAUUGAUUUAAAAUUAAUUAAAAAGAAUUUUUUUAUACUUUACAAAAAUUGCGAUUUAGACUAGAUGUUAUCUGGACUUGGAUAAAACCAGUAAAACUGAAAUCAUUUCAUGGAACUUAGGAAAAAUUCUGUACCAAAAAUUUUCUUUUUACUGCAAAGGUUCACCGAUACAUACUCGGCACAACUUAAGAAUUAUUUAGAUUAUUUAAUGUACACUAAAUUUUGGAAUAUUCAGAAAAGGAAUUUAGUGUGUUUUUAUAAUAAAGAUAUCCCAUUCAAUUUUUAAGAAA